GACUUUUCCAGAAGACCGGGGCAGCGAACGCCUCCUGGACACGCUGAGUGGGCUGUGGGCCCUCCGCACGCCGGCUCUUCUCCUCUUCCUGUGCUAGUUAGCUAUGGCGGCCGUGAAGACCCUGAACCCCAAGGCCGAGGUGGCCCGAGCCCAGGCUGCGCUGGCGGUGAACAUCAGCGCGGCCCGGGGCCUGCAGGACGUGCUGAGGACCAAUUUGGGGCCUAAGGGCACCAUGAAGAUGCUUGUUUCUGGUGCUGGAGACAUCAAGCUUACUAAAGAUGGCAACGUGCUGCUUCAUGAAAUGCAAAUUCAACACCCAACAGCCUCCUUAAUAGCCAAAGUAGCAACAGCCCAAGAUGACAUAACUGGUGAUGGUACCACUUCCAAUGUUCUAAUCAUUGGAGAGCUACUGAAACAGGCGGAUCUCUACAUUUCUGAAGGUCUUCAUCCCAGAAUAAUAACAGAAGGAUUUGAAGCUGCAAAGGAAAAGGCACUUCAGUUUUUGGAACAAGUCAAAGUAAGCAAAGAAAUGGACAGGGAAACACUUAUAGACGUGGCCAGAACAUCUCUACGUACUAAAGUGCAUGCUGAACUUGCUGAUGUCUUAACAGAGGCCGUAGUGGACUCCAUUUUGGCCAUUAAAAAACAAGAUGAACCUAUUGACCUCUUCAUGGUUGAGAUCAUGGAGAUGAAACAUAAAUCUGAAACUGAUACAAGCUUAAUCAGAGGUCUUGUUUUGGACCAUGGGGCACGGCAUCCAGAUAUGAAAAAAAGAGUAGAAGAUGCAUACAUCCUCACAUGCAAUGUAUCAUUGGAAUAUGAGAAAACAGAAGUGAAUUCUGGCUUUUUUUACAAGAGUGCAGAAGAGAGAGAGAAACUUGUAAAAGCUGAAAGAAAAUUCAUUGAAGAUAGAGUUAAAAAAAUAAUAGAACUGAAAAAGAAAGUCUGUGGUGAUUCAGAUAAAGGAUUCGUUGUUAUUAAUCAAAAGGGAAUUGAUCCCUUUUCCUUAGAUGCUCUUGCAAAAGAAGGUAUAGUAGCUCUGCGUAGAGCUAAAAGGAGAAAUAUGGAAAGGCUGACUCUUGCUUGCGGUGGAGUAGCUCUAAAUUCCUUUGAUGACCUAAAUCCUGAUUGUUUGGGAUAUGCAGGACUUGUCUAUGAAUAUACAUUGGGAGAAGAGAAAUUCACUUUUAUUGAGAAAUGUAACAAUCCUCGCUCUGUCACAUUAUUGAUCAAAGGACCAAAUAAGCACACACUCACUCAAAUCAAAGAUGCCAUAAGAGAUGGCUUGAGGGCUGUUAAAAAUGCUAUUGAUGAUGGUUGUGUAGUUCCGGGUGCAGGUGCAGUGGAAGUGGCAAUGGCAGAAGCCUUGAUUAAGUACAAGCCCAGUGUAAAGGGCAGGGCCCAACUGGGAGUUCAAGCGUUUGCUGAUGCAUUACUCAUUAUUCCCAAGGUACUUGCUCAGAACUCUGGUUUUGACCUUCAGGAAACACUAGUUAAAGUUCAAGCGGAACAUUCAGAAUCAGGUCAACUUGUGGGUGUGGACUUAAACACAGGUGAGCCAAUGGUAGCAGCCGAAGUAGGCAUAUGGGAUAACUAUUGUGUAAAGAAACAGCUUCUCCACUCCUGCACUGUGAUUGCCACCAACAUACUCCUGGUUGAUGAGAUCAUGCGAGCUGGAAUGUCUUCUCUAAAAGGUUGAAUUUAAAGCUUCCCUCGUGUCAUCCGAAUCAUGAAGACUCCACAAGUGAUCCUAAGAAUAUAGCGAUGGAAUUUUUGUCAAGCCUCAAAUAAUUUUCAAAAGCAUUUUCUUUUCCCAUAUGAAAAAAAGAGAACACUGACACCUAAAAUUCUGAAGUUCUGAAAUUAAUGUUUUUUUUAAUUGCACUUCAAUGUACACACAUUCAGCAGGCCGUUUUUACCCAAUGAAAAGGAUGUUUUGCUUUAGCUUCAGUGAUAUAAAAGUACCGUGUGAGAUAAGUGUAUGUUAUCCACCUUGUUAUUAAAUGUUCCUUGAAAAACAAAUUAUAAUGGUUUAAUAAUAAUUUCUUCUAAUGGAUGUAUUUUAAUUUAUCCAAUAGGUCCCUCUACUGUUACACUUGUAAGUUUUUAUAAUAUAAAUACUUUAACUUAAAAUUUUGAAACAUCCCUGUUUUAGUAUAAAUUCCUAUGAGUAAAGCUAUUGGAUCAUUGGGACUUCUAAUGUUUGCAAAGUAGCUGUGCUAAAAUGCUCCCCAGAGGGGUGCCUGGGUGGCUCAGUCGUUAAGCAUCUGCCUUCGGCUCGGGUCAUGAUGCCAGAAUCCUGGGAUCGAGCCCCGCGUCGGGCUCCCUGCUCGGCAGGAAGCCUGCCUGCUUCUCCCUCUCCCACUCCCCCUGUUUGUGUUCCCUCUUUCACUGUGUCUCUGUGUCAAAUAAAUAAAUAAAAAUAAAAAAAAAAAAUCUCCCCAGAAAAGUUGUAGUGAACAGAAAGAUGGGUGAAGUACAGGCAAGGGAGUUGAAUAAGCUCAAAGUAUGAAGUGGGGAAAAUAGAGGAAGCAGAGGUAGAAAGACCUUUCAAGCAUGGGGGCUAAGGGAGAGGAUAUUUUCAGUGGACCAUGUUUUCACACCCUUGCACCUUUGCUUAUGCCGAAGUACCCAUCCCAGACCCUCCAGUGCCCUUUCUCCCACCUAUUUGCACAAAAUUGUUUUUAUAGUCAGUAUAUCUCUGCAGUCCUUGACCGUGAAGUUGUGUGUUGCAAAGCUUUGUAUUUUUGAGGACUUGGGCGUUGCGUACAAUAAGUGCAAUAAAUGUUAAGCUGAAACCUUU